AUGUCUCAAUUUCUGAAGUACGCCCUGCUUGUGGCCUACGUCGAGGCCCGGUUCGGCCAGGAGCAGGUGCCUGUUGCGGCGAUCCAGGCCCUGGGUGACUUUGGCAACCCCGGCGACGCCGGCACCCUCUCCGGUCAGGUGCCCGGAGUCCUCCUGGCAGCCGCCAGCCCUUGCGAUAAGCUCUCCCUGGCAGACGAGAUCGUCGACACCCUUGGCAACGACCCCGCUGUGAUCGAGGCCGCCGCCGGGCUCGUCGCCGCGGAGCAGAACUUCAACCCCUUCGCCGUCGACAUCCCCAGCCUCUGUGCCGAUGCCACCCUCCCGGCGACGGAGGAGCUCCGUGGUAUCAUCCCGCUCGUCGACCCCGAUGUCGAUGGUGCCGACGCUCAGAACGCCAACUCGGCCCAGUCCCUGACCCAGCCCUUCGACGCCGCGGGCCUGUCUGUCGCCGAGGUCACUGCCGCCCAGGGCUUCUCGGCUUUCACGGCUGUUGACGGUGCUGGUGGCAACGUUGAUGUCGGUGGGGCUGACGCUGGGGCUGACGCUGGGGCUGACGCUGGGGCUGACGCCGGUGCUGAUGCUGGCAAUGCUGACGCUGGCAAUGCCAACGCCGAAGACGAUGCGGCUGCUUGCAAUGCUGGCCAGGCUGAUCAGGCUGACCAAAACGCCGGCCAAGACCAAGCCCAGGACGAUCAAGCUGAGAACGGAAACAACCAGGACAACCAAAACAACCAAGGCAACCAGAACAAUCAGGAUAACCAGGACAACCAAAACAACCAGGCUCAGGAUGGCCAAGACCAGAACGCUGAUGUCGGUGCUGAUGCUGGAGCCGAUGCUGGAGCCGAUGCAGGAGCUGGAGCCGCUGGAGCCGAUUUCGGCCAGUGCACGCCCACAAUCGACUUCCAACUGGGCCGUGAGGGACGCAAAGCUGACGAGGGCACUUUCUUGCCCACGGAUCCUCUCGUCGCCGAGGGCCAGCAGGACGCUCUGAACCCCAACAUCAUCACCAACCGGGUUUGUGACCAGCUGGUCAAUGUCUGCGAGGCCAACGACGCUGCCGUUGCCGCGUGCGAGGACGCCCAGGCGCUCGUCGAGGGGCUUGGGACCAAGGACGCCACGACUGCUGAUGCUUUCAACCAGGCUCUGGGAUUCUAG